GCGGGGCCUCCGUAGAACGGCUGCAGAGCCGGGACUGCGAGUCCCGUCAUGCCCCGCGGCCCCUGAGAGCGCAGUCGGCGCCGGGAGUGUUCCCUAAGGACGGUCCCAGCCGCUCCCCAAGUGCUUCCCUGAACCGGCUGCAGGGGAAUCUGCUCUGCACCUGCAGCACAUCCUCACCUGGGGAGCUACUCAGGGAGGAGGGACAACAGCAGUGAAAGGGACCAAAGGAGGCAUCAGCAGAACAAGAAACAUUUCCCAAGCUCUAGCUGAUGUCCAGUGAACUCAAAUGGGAGAUCAGAGGACCCUUCUGCUGUGGGACUGCUGGGGGUUGAAGAACAGCAGGUACUGAUGGCCAGCACAGCAGUGUCCCAUUAGCAAUGUGGUACCGACUGGGACUUCAGGACCCUGUCCAUGAGCUGAUCCGUGAACUGGAGAGCUGGGCGUGCUCAGCAAGACUCACCCUUCAAUAGCCCCACACGGCCCCUGCCUGAGUCCCGUGGACAGUGGGCACUGACAGUGGACUGUCAUGGCCUAAAUGAAGUCACACCAUCACUGAGUGUUGCCCUGCUGGACAUGUUGGAACUUCAGUAUGACUGGGAGUCCAAGGCAGCAAAAUGGUCCGCCAUAGACAUUGCCAAUGCAUUCUUCUCUGUUCCUCUGUCAGCAGAUUCCCAGCCCAGGGGUCCCUCUUUGGGUCCUCAGCCCUAAGGCUGCCCCAAAUGGGGCUUUAGCCUCUCUAUGGCCCCCUGCCCACACAGGUGAGCUUGGUGGCCACCUUGCUUACUGCUACCUUCAGGUCCAUGGGGCCCCUGGGGGUCCCUGGUGAGGAGGGAGCAGGGGCUGAUAAUGGAGCUCUGUGCCCAGUCACAUGGGGGGGAUGUCCCACUUUCAGGGGUCUCAAUCUUAUGGGGAGGGGGUGUCCAGUCCAAUGAUUGAGUCCCCUAAUCCCAUGGGAGGAGGGGGUGUGUGUCCCAAUUCCAUGGGGAAGGUCUCAGUUCCAGGAAUGUAAAUCAGUUACAUGUGGGGGUCUCAAGGCCAUUAAUUUGGAGGGAGGGGGUCCCCCAAUCCUGUGCAGAGGGGCCCAGAUGCCUGGAUGAGGAUUCAUUCCAUGAAGGGUUAUAGUGUCCCCUGUCCCAUUGACGGGGUCCCAAAAAUAGUAAUGGAGGAAGGAUGCUUUUGCCCCAUCCGUUUGCCACACUUUUUUGCCCCGCCCCCCCAUAUUCAGGGUCUUCCCCCCGUCUAUUUUUUGUCUCCCAGAGGAACACAGGACCACUAAAAGGAUGUCCCAGCUGGCCACAAAGAGUCCGGACACCUCCUGCCACCAGGCACAAACAUUGGGGUUGGGGGAUAGGAUGGGAACAUGGGGGACACAUGGGAGACAUACGGACAUAGUGGGAUAUGUGGGGGGACAGGUGGGAUAUGAGGGACAUAUGGGGGACCUUGGGGACACGUGUGACAUGAGGGAGAUGGGGGGACGUGGGGAUACAGGGUGGCAAUGAGGGUCCAUGGGGAGAGGCAGUGUUGGAAAUGAUGCAACUUCUAAAUUUUUAAACUAACUUUAGUCAGGGGUUUUGUUCGUUAUUGCUCAGGGGGAAGGGAAUGGAAGUUUCUUUUCAAGAGACUGUUCCCCAGGCAAGGCUUGAUGAGUUUGACAUCUCAAUGGACUGGGAGCUUCCAGAGGAUGCACAAGAGGUGAGCGACCAUCAAUGCCUGAACAUCCUUCCUAGUGUGUCAGAGACACCUGGUCUGGGAAAAAUCAAUAAGAGGACAAAAAAUGAGGACCUAAUUAGCAUUGAAGGCAAAGUGAUUGAUCAAUAACCAAUAGGAAACCAAAUACAAAGUAUUCUGUAACUUGUGGCCUAGGAACAUUGAACCAAUGAAUUUUUCUGGGUUUUGACUGUGUAAAUAUGUGAAAAAUAUAGUAAACAGCCAUGUAUGAUGGACUGGUUUUCUCUGCACAACCCAAGCAAUGUGUGGAUGAAAUUAUUUCUGUUGCACAUUCUGGCCAGAACAACAUCCUGGCCAGAAUAAAGUAAUGCCUUAAUUCUCUAAUACUAAAAAUGUUUUUGGAGACUUUUUGUUUUUCCUGCAGUUUUGGUGACAGCAGGACAGUGCCUCCAUGUCCCUCUAUAUCCCCCCACAUCACCUGUGUGUCCUUUUCCCCGAGCUGGGGGGAACAGCUGCAACCCUCAACUGAGCUCCACUGGCCACAGGAAGGCACUGGGAGCUACUGGGACCAUGGUGGGGGGUACUGGGAUCACAACUAGGGUAACUAGGAUCAUACAGGGAACAACUGGAACCAUGCUGGAGAGUGACAGGGAGUAAGGGGAAUCAUACUGGGAGUGAAUGGGAGCAACUGGGACUGUGCUGGGAUCAUACUGGUAUCACAGUGGGAGUGACUAGGAUCAUACAGGGAAUGACUGGAACCAUACUGGAGGUGAUUGGGAGCCACUGUGACCAGGGUCAGAAGGAUCCAGCAAACUCCAGGCCUUGGUGCUGGGACAGCCCUGGAACAGAUUCCCUGGGGGGAACCCAUGGCACAGACCAGAAAACCAGGGCCCUGGGAACAGACAGGGCUUGGGAAAGGCAGGUCCUGCCUGACUCACCUAGUCUCCUGCUGUCGCCAGGUGUCCCAGUGAGUGUUGGACGUGUGGUCGUGUCUGCCUGAAGCUCAGCAAAGCCUUUGGCACUGCCUCCAGCUCCCUGCCUCUCCUGGAGCACCUGCAGCUCCUGGCUGGGACAGUUGUAAACCUUGACUGACCCCCACUGGUUACUGGGAGGCACAGGGAGCUACUGCGACCAUGUUGGGAGCCAACUGAAGACACAUUGGGAGCAAAUGGGAGAUGCUGGAACCAUGUCAGAGCCCUGCCGGACGCCUGGAAUCGCCCUGACACCGCGGUGGACUCGGCCGAGCCAUGCCCCGCCCCAAGCCCACCCCCCGACGCCGGGGCCAGCCCCCCGCCCCGCCAUCGCCCCGGCCGCGGGCACGCAGGCGCCGCCCGGGUCAGCGGGCAUUGCAGGAGAUCCGCAAGUACCAGAGCAGCACCCGCCUGCUGCUGCGACCCGGCCCCUUCGCCCGCCUGGUGCGGGAGCUCUGCCUGCUCUUCACCCGUGGGGUCGAUUACCGCUGGCAGCGCAUGGCCCUGCUGGCCCUGCAGGAGGCGGCAGAGGCCUUCAUCGUGCGGCUGCUGGAAGACGCGUACCUGUGCUCACUGCACGCCCGCCGAGUCACCCUGUUCCCCAAAGAUCUGCAGCUGGCCCGGCGCCUGCGAGGACUUGAGGGGGGAGGAGUCUGAAUGGGACUCUUCUGAGCCCCUGCAGAGACUCAACCUCCUAGGGCCCUGUACCAGGACCCCCACCCUGGAGCUCUCUCCUGACAAUCUCACACCCUAAUCUUACUGGGACCUCCUAUGGGACCAUCAUGCUGAGACCUCCCCCACGCUGGGUCCUCCAAGCUGGGGCCCUGUCCUGACAUGCCUGAUCUGAUUUGGGAUCCACUUCCCCGAGACGCCCCAUGUGGCUCACCCCACAGACCCCCCUAUUACACCCCCACCUCAGGAUCCCCAAUAACCCCUUCAGGGACCCAUCCCAGGAUGGACGUCCCCUUCCCUAGUCCAGCACCCCUCAGAUUACUGACGACCCCUACCCGUGAUCCCCUUGGGACCCCCUCAUCAGAAUGCCAGUCCCAGGGUAAUCUAUCCAGGACCUCCACCCUACUGGAGACCCUCCCAGUUCUGCUGCACCCCAGUGAAUUAAUAAAUGUUUGU